CAACAACUAAACAGAGACAGAAGGUUCAUGAGCUGAAAGUCUGACAACAGCAGCAGGAAGGGAAAUCAGCCAGGCAAGAAAUCUAGAACUUCUCUUUGUACAGAAAGAAGAUUAUAAAGUUUGACUGAAGCAGCAUUGCUUUUCAAAUUCAGCCAGCUCUUUUUUGUUGGAGCAUUAUAGAAGUUUUAGGAAGGAUCUUUAGGUUUUUUAAGAACGAUUUGGGAGUUUAGACACGUAUUGAAGUAACAUCAAGAAGGAUGGUUUGGCUGUUUCUCUUAUCUCUGUGUCUGACAUUGGAAUCAGUCCAGAGUCAGGGUUCCUCCCAAGAUGCCUUCAUAAUCCAGUACCUGGAGAGAAGGCUUGUUCAGAUGGAGGAGCGUUUGAGUCUGUGUGAGCAAAACACAAUGAGUGCCACCCAGAAAACCUAUGAUCUCUCCUCUGAAAUCAGAGGCUAUCUGUCCACACUCAGCAUUUUGAGAUCAGAAGUAAAGACCCAGGUGGACAGUGUCUCUGUGCGUGUUGACCGGAUGGAGAGAGAGCUGGAAUAUUUGGAGGAUAAAAUUCCCACUCAGUCUGACAUUGAGAUGGAGGGAGCGCUGCUACAACAGCAGAUAAAAGCAGCAGAACUGGAGCAGCUGAAAAAGAAGGCUGAGAUAAAUGUGGAGAAUGACUGCAGCAUGGCUCUGAGUCAAGUCAAGUCUCUAAAGAUUGUGAAGAAGGCUGGAGAUCCAAAUGGAUGCUGGUUCAAAGACCCCUCUGAAGGAUCAAAUAAGGUGUACCUGUUCAGUGGAUUUCGCAACAACACUAUACUGGAGUACAAAUCUCUGAAGAGCUUCACAAAGACUUCCACACUGCCUGCCAAUGAGGUGCAGCUGCCUUUUUACUGGCAGGGCACGGGUCAUGUGGUUUACAAUGGAUUCCUGUACUGCCACAAAGCAGAUACACCCAAUGAAAUACUAAAGGUCGAUCUGCUGAAUGGCACUGUGUUGGAUAGUACGCUUCUUCCUGGAGCCGGUCGUCUUCCCGUCUACAGCCUCAAUCCCAACACUUAUCUAGAUAUGGCUGUAGAUGAGCUUGGCCUCUGGGUUAUCCAUGCGGAUCUUGAGUAUGGAGGAAACCUUGUUGUCACCAAACUAGACAAAGAAAGUUUAGCAGUGGAGUACACCUGGGACACACAGUGUAGAAGCCAUGAUGCUGAGGGGGCCUUCCUGAUUUGUGGGACGCUUUACGUGGUCUACAACACACACUAUGGAGGACGCUCUACCAUCCAGUGUCUGUAUGACAUCCAUGACACCAUCCACAGCAAUGAGAGUCCUGUGAUGUUCUUCCCAAAACGCUACACCAGCCACAGCAGCAUCCACUAUCACCCUGGAGACAAACAGCUGUAUGCCUGGGAUGAUGGCUACCAGACAAUAUACAAAGUGGAGACCCGCAGCAAUGCCCGAAUGAUAUCGAAAUGAAACAUCUUUAUGUUACUUCCUUUACUCAGCAUCAAAGCCUGCAUUAUCACAUCAAACAUCCCAAAAUAGUACCAACCCAACAAAAUUAUGUUUAAAGCAUCAAUGAAUAUGACGGGUCUCCUCAAGUCUUAUUUCAUUCAUCCUUUGCUGGCAAUGGAUGUGACCUUUGUUGGUCAUGGUUAUCACUGGCUAGACAGACAAGUGAUUUAUACAAGGUUUUAGUGUUUGUGUCAGAGCAGCAAUAAAGAUAAUUUAAAUUGUGUGCAUUUUGAUCAACCUUCAUGUCUUGGAUGGUAGAAGAAAUCUUAGAUGACGUUGAUAUAAUAAUGUUUAAUUCAUGAAACUGAUAUAAUAAUGUUUAAUUCAUAACAUUAGAUAAGUCACUAUUGGUCACCCUCUUGUUUAAGACCUGUAUGCUAUGAUUGAUAGAUAGAUCCCCCCAACACCCCCCAAAAAACUUCUUCAGCAAGAUGUCUGUAGCCCAAUUUUGUUUCUAUUUUAUGUUUCUGAAAGAUAUCUUGUUAGUUAAAAAGGAAUACUGUUAUGAUUUUUUCACAUUUCCAAAUAUCGACAUAAAUAAAGAUCACACAUAGAA